AUGAUUCAAUUGGAUUCAAAUGAAAUUAGCACCUAUUUAUCUGAGCCUGAAACUGAAGUAGAAUCACUUUUAUGGUGGAGAGCAAAUGCUAUGCAAUAUCUGAUACUAGCACGAAUUGCAAUGGAUUAUCUUGCAGUACAGACAACUAGUGUACCUAAAACAGCACGCACGUCAUUAUGCUUAAGAGCUGGUAUAUGGAAUUGGGUGAUAUAA